AUGACGUUCCCCCCUCCUCUUGAUGUCCUGUCAGUUUUGGAGAGUAUGAGUUACAAUCGGGAACAGCUUAGACCAGAACAAGUUAUAUGUACGCGAGGGGGAAGGGAAGGAAAUUUGGAUGCGAGGAGAGAGACAAACAGGGUGGCGGGAGACGAGCAAAAGCGCAAAGGAGACUUUCUAGUACAAGAUAUGGAGAACAGGCUGGGGAGUAGCACGGAAGAGGGGGAUUUGGUCCAAUCAUCAGGGAGCUCCGCGCAACGCGCUGCGACACCUCCUUUAUUGGGAUCAAAAGAGUCUCAGCACGAUUCCCAACGGAUUCGACGCUUUCAUGGGCUUCGAUUGCAACAGCCGCGAUGUGCGUUCAAAAGUCGAGCUGAACUCGUGCCUUUGUUCGAUUUUGGCUCGCCCAAUUUCGCAAUUUACAAGUCAUCUAGCCUAAUCGAGAAACACGUUUCGAAUGACGGGGCGUAUGACCAUCGCGUCUGCGAUCCAGGAGAGAUCGCGGAUGCCUCUAUAACCCGCGCGGACCCGAGUGAAAAUGUUGAUCGUGUUUGUUGUGAGGAGCGCAAGAACCGUCAGCCACAACGAUCCAGAAGGGAGGAGCUGAUGAAGGGGGAAGUGGAGGACUGCCAGGGUUUGCUGCAGCAGGUUGAUCGCGUUCAAGGGGAGGAGAAGUCGUCGCCUCCCCUCCGUCGUCUGACACAUAGGUCAGAUGACGAAGAGGCAAGAGAGAGAGAGGAGAAACACGAGGAAGGG